AGAAGAGGAAUACAUUAACAGAAGAACACUAAAUUGCAAGCUGUCAGAAACACAUCAACAUCGUCGAAACACCACAUCUAGUAGCUAUGUCACGCGCAAUUGGGAUGGCGCAGCCAUCACGGCUGCUGCUCUCCGGCGGACCACGCGGCCCGCAAGUCCUCGGCGCCGAAGUGCCGUCGUUCCGCGACUUCCCCUACCGCGCCACCGACACCCUCCAUCUUUACCGACAUUUUCUCCAACUCAUCUACCGCCAUCACGGACCAGAGGAGCGCAGAGAUCUGCUCUUCCGCCUGCGCAACGAGUUCGCGAGCAAGCGGCACCUGCGUGGUCCGCGCACCGUCUCUGCGGCGCUGAAGCGAGGCGAGGGCAUCUUGGCGCUGCAGCGACAAAUCUUGGAGUCCCGUGAGGUUCGUCGUGGCACGUCGCGCGAUGGCGGUGCGCAGAGCGUGGAUGCGCUGUGGGAUCAACUGCAGGUCGUCUCGGGACACGUCUUGCCUGGUCUGCGAAACUACGAAUGCUCGCUGUCGGUGUCGAAGGGCGGCUACUCGACGCAGGCGAGUACGCACAACGUUUAUGCCCGUCGUCGCUGA